AGACAACACUUUUAACGAAGAAUUUGUCUAACUCUAACACAGAAUCCUUGAAUAGAAUUCGUAUUAGUGACGUGGCAGUUCGAAAAUCACGAAAGUCUUCCAAGUUCCAAACCCACAAAAUUUCUCGGUCAUCCCCAAUCAAAGAACAAAGAUAACCAGUCAACCACCAACAUCUGAUGGUCUGCCUUACACUUCUUCCCGCCAUGGCAGCUUCUGUAUCACCUUCAACCCUUUUCUCUGCUUUCGAACCUCGCAUUACCCUCUCCUCUUAUAACCCUACUCUCUCUCUUCCUCGUCGCCGUUUUCGCGUCCCAAACAAACUCACCCUGGUUUCUGCCUCUGUAUCGUCUGCUCCCGAGAUUCGAACUCCUGUCAAUGAUCUUGUAACCUCUAUUCUUUCUAAGGUCACUGAUUCCGAUCGAGGUGUUCUGCUUACUAGAGAUGAACACAAGGCAGUUGGCGAAUCUGCAGAAGAACUUCAAAAAUAUUGUGUAGAUGCUCCAGUGAAAUGUCCUUUAAUAUUUGGAGAGUGGGAUGUGUUAUACUGUUCGAAUCCAACUUCACCUGGUGGUGGUUACCGCAGUGCCGUAGGCCGUCUUGUGUUCAAGACAAAGGAAAUGAUUCAAGUUGUUGAAGCUCCUGCUACUGUGAGGAACAGGGUUUCCUUUUCAGCGUUUGGAUUCCUUGACGGAGAGGUAUCUUUGAAAGGUAAGCUGAUACCUUUGGAUGAAAAGUGGAUUCAAGUUAUCUUCGAGGCGCCUAAAUUAAAGGUCGGAGGAUUAGAAUUUCAGUAUGGUGGAGAAAGUGAAGUCAAGCUACAAAUCACCUACAUAGACGAGAAGGUCAGGUUAGGGAAGGGUUCUCGAGGAUCAUUGUUUGUUUUCCUAAGACGUUAAUGAACAAUGACUGUAUAUAUCUAUCUCAAAUCAUCAAAUUAUAUACAACAGCCAAAAGGGCAUAUUAUGCUUCUAUUUGGCGAAAUAGUUUUACCAAAUCGGUAUUUAAUGAGAUUACACUCUUUCAAGUCAA